AUGUUGAACAACUACUCGGCGGCGGAGUGCUGCGCGCGCGGACCGCGCUGCAGCGGUAAGGCCGCGCGCACAUCUGGCGGGUGCAAGACCGGCCGUUGGAUGUCGCAGCAGUCGCGCAAGUGCAAGAAACACGCGUGCUUAUACUGCUACCAGAAGGGCCGCAGGACGAAUGUCCCCGUUUGCCGCAUGCACGCCAUUUCCAAGAACUGCUUCCGCGGCAAGAAGCCGCCUGCUGCACGACCGGGCCGCAGCUCUGGACGCGGCAGGGGCAAGGGCAAGGGCAAGGGUAGGGGCAGGAAGCGUAGUGGUCGGAAGAAUAGGCGCAGAAGCGGAAGUGGCAGCCGCAACAAUCAGAGAUCGGCACCCAGGGCUGGCUGCGCGUACCGGGGUACUUCUGGAAAUAAGAUUGUUAUUCCGAGCACGGGCCUCUCGGCGGGCAAUGGCUGGACUAAGGAGGCGGGUGCCAUCAUCUACAGGAAGGGCGAUCCUCAGGGGAGUGUCGACGCCGAAGGAUCUGGUACCAUGUGUGUCAAAGUCAUGUUCCCGUCCCCGGGUAAGUAUUACUUCACUGCAUUGACUAAGGCACCGCAUCCGACUGAGCACAAUGACAUGUGGGUCAGGAUCUCUUCUGGUUUUGAUCUCGUGCAUACGUCGAAGGGCGCCUUCAAAAGCGGCGGCUCCAGCUGGUACAAGGGUUAUCAGAACCGUGGUGGCAUGCAAAUGGCGGACUACUUGCUUACUAUUGAUAACGAUGGCCACCAGUUCCAAACGAAGAACGUGGCUGCAGGCCCGGCGUACAGUCUGUGCAUCUCUGGUCGCUCGACCAAAUUCUGGGUGUACAAGCUGGUGUUGAUCAAGUGUGACGGCGACAAUUGCAAUCGGAACUCUCCCUUCAUCCGCUCUAAGAUGAAUGGCUUGCCAAAUUCGCCAUGCAAGUAGGAGGGGAGGUAGUAGGGUUCAUCCCGGAAACCAAUGGUUUGGUUGGGAGAAACAUUUGUAUUGCGCCCUGUUUUAAGUGUUGUUUGUUUAUAUUAUGCGCAAUCUGCGGGAAGAACGGCGUCUGGAUCUUACCCAGUACACUAGUGUCGAGAAGUAUAAAAUUUUCAAAAGCCGU